AUGUCUUUACAGUAUGACUCCGAGUUCCUUCAAGAAGCAGGCCCCAUGCUGCAACAGCUGGCUCAGUUCAAGAAGCCUGCCCUUCAUGAUGUCGCAACCAGACGCGCAAUGACCGCGUCCAUGACCAGCGCUCUACCCCCAAUUCCCAACGAUAUGGAACGAAUUGUUUAUCACAUCCCUUCAGAAGAUGGAUACAAAGUCACUGUCUAUCAAUUCCGCCAUCGAUGCCAAUCUCAAGCCGGUGGCGACCCCGCUAUUCUACACACUCAUGGAGGUGGCUACAUCUCUCUGAGUGCAGAGCAGUGCUCUGUGCCACAUAUCAGAUCUGUGUCGAGCACUGGAGUGCAGAUCCUGACAGUCGACUAUCGGCUGGCUCCUGAGCAUCCAUAUCCAACACCACUCAAGGAUUGCUGGGCAGUGCUCAAAUGGCUGCAUGCGAACGCAAGUCAACUAUCAAUUAAUCCUGCCCGCAUCGCCGUCAUGGGAGAAAGUGCUGGAGGUGGAUUGGCUGCUGCGUUAACACUGUUAGCCCGAGAUGAAGCGCUGUCCCCACCUAUCGCAAAGCAAAUCCUCAUUUAUCCCAUGAUCGACGAUCGGACCAACAGCAACCAUGCUGGCCAGUUAGCAUUUUGGAACGAGGUCGAUAAUAAGACCGGGUGGAGUGCGUAUCUUGGACCUGACGAAGGAACAGAAGAUAUUUCUUUCUAUGCUGCACCAUCUCGUGUGGAGAGUGUGGAGGGUCUUCCGCCGCUGUAUUUGGACUGUGGCCAACUAGAUAUUUUUGUGCACGAAGGAUUGGAUUAUGUACAACGUUUCGUGGCGGCCAAUAUUCCCACGGAAUGUCAUCUGUAUCCUGGUGUUCCUCAUGGAUUCGAGGCGAUGGCUCCAUCGAUAAGCCUCACGAAGAAAGCAAUUGCCAACCGAGAGGGAGCUAUGGCUAGUUUUUAA